ACACCUGUUUGUCAGGUAGGCGUAGCGAGACACACGGAGUCAUGACUAAAUACGCUAUGGGAGGAAUUUUACUGAAGCUUUGACGCAACAAUUUUUUUCCUCCUAAAUCGUCAUACGAUUAAACCCGUUGUAACAACUUAAAAUGCGUCGACCUCGCCAAGGGAAUAAGGUUACCGUUCAGAAUGUCGUUUUGCUGCUAUAUCUGGUCGGCUUAUUCGUUGAAGGCCAUUGACAGACAGAUGUGUGACAAACUUUCAUGCCACGACCCCUUUCCCCAGUCUCCUCCAUCACAGUGAGUUCUCCAGCAGAGCUCCAUGCAUCUAAAGGGGAUACAGUCACUUUGUCCUGCACUUUCACUUCCACCAGUAGGCCAACCAGUAAGAUGACUGUCAACUGGUCUUAUAGGCCCCAGAGUGGAGGAACGCCAUGGACAUUUUUCCACUUCUCCUCGAAGGCGUUCCCUCCACAAGACGGUCAGUUUGCUGGUCGUAUCCGUUGGCAGGGAAGCCCGGCGCGUGGGGAUGCCUCCAUCUCUCUUAUCAACGCCACAUUGAACGAUAAUGGGACCUUUACUUGCGCAGUCAGAAACCCUCCUGAUGUCCACGGUUCCCCGACUUCACACACUGUACUCACUGUCUCACCAAAGGUGCCCAGCAUUCGCUUCUCUGAUGUUGCGGUCCUCCUCGCUUUCAUCCUCCUCCCCUCCGCUCUCAUCACCCUCAUUCUGAUUGGACGGAUGCUCUGUCCCAAGAAACAGCACAACCAAUCAAAGGCCUACAGAUCACCCAUAGAGGUCACUGAGGGAGAGGAAUAUGGCGUCCAUCCACCGGGGGCCAAAGGAAAGAAGGCGACAUGCUGUGACCUAUAUCUGAUGGACUCAGAGGAUGAAGAUGAGUAUUACAACCUACAAAAGAGGCCUUCCGUGGAGGAAGGCCAUGUUGAGUCUCAGUGCUAGGGAACCCUGCUGGUUGGGAGAUGUAACUGCAAAAUCUGGACCUACUGAAUCUAAUUCUGGAUUCAUGUCUUCUGUGCCACAGUCAACCACAAACCCAGUCACUUUGGUGAUUAUUUUUUUGCGGCGAUACGCAUCUCCAUAGUUAUAUAUGUAUAUACAUUAUAAAAUAUGGCAAUCAUUUGAUUUACAUUUGGCCUACAAGCUCAUGAAUUCUACAGUUUUCUACCACUGAGCUGCAGAGGUCUUAAUUCCUACAUUUUAGAGCUUGUGGUCUGGAUGAGAUAUGAUUUGUUUAUUCUGUCUGUACAGGUAAGCAGCUGGUGUCAUUCGGUCAGUUACCAUCUGACCCUGAACAUCCAAACACAAACACACGGUGUAUAUUUUUUUUUAUCUUGAUGAUUUAUAUGUGUCACUUUGUUAUUUGUGAAGGAGAUGGAUGCGUUUUGUCUAAUUUAUUGCUUGUGUCAGAGCAGCUGUUUGAAAUGUGUUGAUGUCUUGGUUGAGUUGUAGUGGAACAUUUCUGUUUGUAUCCUUUAAUAUUUGGACUAAAUAAAUUGUUAAAGAACAGA